AUGGCAAAUAAAUCGAAUGGUGUUGAAUCGGAAUGGGCCAGGGCGCCGCCUCCGAAUGCACCAUUUGUAGAAAGAUGCCUCAGAGCUAUCUACGAUCCAGACGAAAAAACUCUGUUAGGCAGAACACCGAAACGAUGGGGUAUAAUAAUAACAUUCUACCUGGUGUUCUACGCGGUGCUGGCAGCUCUCUUCGCAAUAUGUAUGGCGGGGCUGUUCUCUGUGCUGAAAGAUGAUAAGCCUUUGUAUAUAUUAGAAAAAUCGUUGAUAGGUGUAAACCCUGGCGUGGCAUGUCGACCACAGCCGCUAGAUGGGUUUAUACACUAUAAUAUUGAAAACUCUACCGCCUUUGAAACGUACGUCGAAGAACUGCGGCAAUUCAUUGAACCUUAUCAAAAUGAAUCCUGGUAUACAUCAAGAAAAGAAUGUACGUCAGAAGAUAACUUCGGAUAUCCGAUGACACCAUGUUUUUUCAUUAAGUUAAAUAAGAUUUAUGGUUGGAAACCAGAUUAUUACACUGAUCUACCGAGCGAUAUGCCACUGGAGUUGACGGAGCAUAUCGUAAGCCAUCCUGAAGUCGAUCGUCAGCAAGUAUGGAUAUCGUGUUGGGGUGAACACUCAAAUGAGACAAAGAUCGAGUACCCGUGGGGCAUGGGACUGCCGGGGCGGUUCUACCCAUUCCUCAAUAACGAAGGCUACAUCAGCCCUUUGAUUGCUAUCAAGCUUUCUCCGCCAUCAAAUAUUCAAUCGGUGAUACGAUGUAGAGCGUGGGCCAAGAAUAUUAUCUACAAUAAGAGCUUGAAGGAACCCUCUGGUUAUGCGCGGAUGGUACUACAAGUAGAUGAUAAUUUUUCAACUAACCAUACAAAAACGGAAAACUCUAUG